AUGGCAGCUUGUGUAGAUGCAUACAGUACUGUGAGAAGUGACGAUGAGAAGAAACUAGUUAAACCUGAUUCUAAUAAUGAAGAUAUACAUAUAAAGACAUCUCUUUUUCAUGGGCCUGGAUGGUACGUACCAUCUGAACGGCACUGGGUAAACUACGACGAUUACUCUGCACUUCCAAGAAUGACGAAAAGAGAUGCUAUAGAUUUCCAGUCAGAAAGAGAAUUCGUCAGCUUCUUGAAAAAGCGUGACAUACCAAAUUAUAAGAAGAUCACUGCUUACUUUCCUUCUCAUCCUCCUUCUAUCAAGUCGCAAUGUUUUCGUCAGAUACCCUCCUUUCAAGCUAGAAGUGGGAGCCUUUAUGAAACCAAGCCAAGUAUUAUUCGGGGAGGUGUAGAUUAUUAUGAAUACUACCAAGAGCAAAUUUUCGUUAUUUAGCCUAAUUCCAUGGAAUUAUAACCUGCUACUUACAGGGGGUUUUGCAGUUUGCAAACGUUUGUGAGUAAUAAAAGGUGGCUAAAUUUGAUGUAGCUGUGGAACAUUCAGCUUCUUGUUCAGUGCCGCAUCUCUUUUCUUUUUUUAAACUACAAUUUAGACUUUGUGUUUCACUUUACAUGUUUUUUUGGAAUAAUACUACACUGAUGAUCCGAUUUCCGUAUACAUUACCUAGCUAACUUGUUGAAAUCCACUAUUCAGUCAGAAUAAUAGAGAACUAUAUAUAUAAUAGGGCCAUAAUAUUAUAAUUAAAAGUAGUUGAACUGGUGUUCCAACCAACGAUUGUCAGAAUAAUUCAAUUUAAGACAGAUAAAACUAGAUAAGCACAACUGUGCGUAUUAUACUUGGAAUUUUUAAUAAGAUCUCAAUCAAAUACAAAGGAAUCAUCAGUAAGUACAAAUACACAUAUUCAACAACAAAAACAAAAGCACCAACAGUUCUUUUCGAAAUGAUAAUCUUUUUAUAAACAAGCUGUACAGAGAUUAAUUCCUACAAAACAUUUGAUCCCCACUCGUUGAUUGUCUUGGUUAGUAAUAAUGUAUUUCAUUAACAGUUUUACUCAGCAAAAACGCAACCACUAUGAUUAAAAUCCUUUGAAUUCCACACUCGAUAGUAAGUAAAUUUCAGUAAAAUAUUGCGAUGAGACAUUUUAACUCCCUGAUAACUGAGUUCAACAUUUAAUUGAGUGCUUCUGAAAUUUUCCGAUGGUAAAGUUGAUGUGCGAUGUUUAGUAAGAAAACUGAAGAUUUGAAACAUUAAGACUAAAAAUGAUACUUUGCACGUCUUGUAGGUUUCAGUGCUCAUGUGUUGUAACUUAAACAAUAAUAUGUGGCCAGAUAUUAUGUUAAAAGCACAAUAUUUAGUUUUAGUACUAUGUCAAGCUCG